GAAUCGAGGGCGGGGGUGGGGAGAGCUGGGAGCUGUCAUUGGAGCGGGUCUGGCUCGCGCUCCCGGCCAGGUUCCGAGCCGGGAAUUUCGGCGGGUUUAGCUCGCAGGCAAAACGCAAUCCCAGCGCUCCCGGAGCGGCCUCUUUUGUAGAAGCACCUGAGAUGCUGGGUGUGGUGCACUAAACGGUAGCGGCGGCAGCAGCCACAGCAAGCUGGGGCCCUGUGUAGAAGCUCCAUCCCCUUGUCUCUGUGCCCGCCUGACUCAGAGGCAGAUUAUCUUAGAAGAUCUAGGCUUCUGAAAUGUUUCCCCUGAAGGAUGCUGAAAUGGGUGCCUUUACCUUCUUUGCCUCAGCUCUACCACAUGAUGUUUGUGGAAGUAAUGGGCUUCCUCUUACACCAAAUUCCAUCAAAAUUUUGGGGCGAUUUCAAAUCCUUAAGACCAUCACUCAUCCCAGACUUUGCCAGUAUGUGGAUAUUUCUAGGGGAAAGCAUGAGAGACUGGUGGUGGUAGCUGAACACUGUGAACGGAGUCUAGAAGACUUGCUUCGAGAGAGGAAACCCAUGAGCUACUCAAAGGUUUUGUGCAUAGCAUUUGAGGUACUUCAGGGUUUGCAGUAUAUGAACAAACAUGGUAUAGUACACCGGGCACUUUCUCCUCAUAAUAUUCUUUUGGACCGAAAGGGACAUGUUAAAUUGGCUAAAUUUGGACUUUAUCACAUGACAGCUCAUGGUGACGAUGUUGAUUUCCCCAUUGGGUAUCCAUCAUACUUGGCACCCGAGGUAAUUGCACAAGGAAUUGUCAAAAGCACUGAUCAUGUGCCAAGUGAAAAACCAUUGCCUUCUGGCCCCAAAUCAGAUGUGUGGUCUCUUGGAAUAAUUUUAUUUGAGCUUUCUGUGGGAAGAAAAUUAUUUCAAAGCUUGGAUAUUUCUGAAAGACUAAAAUUUUUGCUUACAUUAGAUUGCGUAGAUGACACUAUAAUAGUUCUGGCUGAAGAACAUGGUUGUCUGGACAUUAUAAAGGACCUUCCUGAAAAUGUGAUAGAUCUUUUGAAGAAGUGUCUCACCUUCCAUCCUUCCAAGAGGCCAACUGCAGAUGAAUUAAUGCAGGACAAGGUAUUCAGUGAAGUGUCACCUUUAUAUACUCCCUUUACCAAACCUGCCAGUCUAUUUUCAUCUUCUCUAAGAUGUGCUGAUUUAACUCUGCCUGAGGAUAUCAGCCAGCUGUGUAAAGAUGUAAACAGUGAUUACCUGGCAGAAAGAUCUAUUGAAGAAGUAUAUUACCUUUGGUGUUUAGCUGGAGGUGACUUGGAGAAGGAGCUUGUCAACAAGGAAAUCAUUCGAUCCAAACCACCUAUCUGCACACUUCCCAAUUUUCUCUUUGAAGAUGGUGAAAGCUUUGGGCAAGGUCGAGACAGAAGCUCACUGUUGGAUGACACCACUGUGAAGUUGUCAUUAUGCCAGCUAAGGAAUAGAUUAAAAGAUGUUGGUGGAGAAGCAUUUUACCCACUACUUGAAGAUGACCAGUCUAAUUUACCUCAUUCAAACAGCAAUAAUGAGUUGUCUGCAGCUGCCACUCUCCCUUUAAUCAUCAGAGAGAGGGACACAGAGUACCAACUAAACAGAAUCAUUCUCUUUGACAGGCUGCUAAAGGCUUAUCCAUAUAAAAAAAAUCAAAUCUGGAAGGAAGCACGAGUUGACAUUCCUCCUCUUAUGAGAGGUUUAACCUGGGCUGCUCUUCUGGGAGUUGAGGGGGCUAUCCAUGCCAAAUAUGAUGCAAUUGAUAAAGACACUCCAAUUCCUACAGAUAGACAAAUUGAAGUGGAUAUUCCUCGUUGUCAUCAGUACGAUGAACUGCUGUCAUCACCAGAAGGUCAUGCAAAAUUUAGGCGUGUGUUAAAAGCCUGGGUCGUGUCUCAUCCUGAUCUUGUGUAUUGGCAAGGUCUUGAUUCGCUUUGUGCUCCAUUCCUAUAUUUAAAUUUUAAUAAUGAAGCCUUGGCUUAUGCAUGUAUGUCUGCUUUUAUUCCCAAAUACCUGUAUAACUUUUUCUUGAAAGACAACUCGCAUGUAAUACAAGAGUAUCUGACUGUGUUCUCUCAGAUGAUUGCUUUCCAUGAUCCAGAGCUGAGCAAUCAUCUCAAUGAGAUUGGAUUUAUUCCAGAUCUCUAUGCCAUCCCUUGGUUUCUCACCAUGUUUACCCAUGUAUUUCCACUGCACAAAAUUUUCCACCUCUGGGACACCUUACUCCUUGGGAACUCCUCUUUCCCAUUCUGUAUUGGAGUAGCAAUCCUCCAGCAGCUUCGGGACCGGCUUUUGGCUAAUGGCUUUAAUGAGUGCAUUCUUCUCUUCUCUGAUUUACCAGAAAUUGACAUUGAACGCUGUGUGCGAGAAUCAAUCAACCUUUUUUGUUGGACUCCUAAAAGUGCUACUUACAGACAGCAUGCUCAACCUCCAAAGCCAACUUCUGAUAGCAGUGGAGUCAGAAGUUCAACACCUUUUUUCUCCACUGAGUGUCCAGAUCCUCCGAAAACAGAUUUGUCAAGAGAAUCCAUCCCAUUAAAUGACCUAAAGUCAGAAGUAUCACCCAGGAUUUCAGCAGAGGACCUGAUUGACUUGUGUGAACUCACAGUGACAGGCCAUUUCAAAACACCCACGAAGAAGACAAAGUCCAGUAAACCAAAGCUCCUGGUAGUUGACAUCCGGAACAGUGAAGAUUUUAUUCGGGGUCAUAUUUCAGGCAGCAUCAACAUUCCAUUCAGUGCUGCGUUCACUGCAGAUGGAGAGCUUACCCAGGGCCCUUUCACUUCUGUGCUCCAGAGCUUCAAAGGGAAGGUCAUUGUCAUCGUGGGGCAGGUGGCCAAGCACACAGCAGAGUUCGCAGCUCACCUUGUGAAGAUGAAAUAUCCAAGAAUAUGUAUUCUCGAUGGCGGCAUUAAUAAGAUCAAGCCAACAGGCCUCCUCACUGUCCCGUCUCCUCAAAUAUGAAGAACCAAGAAAGAGUGUGAUAGUCAAAAGGACAGAGUGGUAUCAGCCCUCAACAGCACAACUCUUCACAGCCUUACCUCUCUUCGACAGAACUAGACUUCCAGAUUGUUGCAUUUCCAUAAAGUUUUGUCAUGAAACAUUUUUUUAAAUCUCAUAACCCACAUGCUCAGCUAUCCAGGCAAUAAACUUGACUGUACAUGUA